AUGUCAGCGAGUCGAUACAUCCGUAAACGUCCAAUGGCGCAAUCAAUUUCUGAAGAUGAAGCACUGGAAGAUCCUAACGGGAAUACUAAUGAUCCGCUCGAGCAUUGCACCUCAUCAUCAUUGUUACCUGAAUCAUCCGUGCUUUCUAGCUCAGGCUAUGAACAAUUAUCGUCUGUUUCCUUAAAAAGUCUUUAUGACUGUCCGAUUUGCUUCCAGCUUUUUCGUGAGCCGUACUCAACAUUAUGUGGUCAUUCAUUCUGCCGCGAAUGUAUUAGUGCACAUUUGGAGCGUUCUUUGCGAUGUCCCGUUUGUAGUCGAGGUUUGGAUCCAAGGUCAGGCCCUAUCAUUUUUCCUAAUUUUACGGCCGCUAGUAUUGUGGAUGUAAUUCGACGUAAUAUGAAGGCAGCGCGUAGUCUUGCAGCAGCCAGUAGUAGAAAUGAGGGGCUGGAGUUAACAAGCGAAAAAUUGGUUGAUUUGGCUUUGAAUGCGGAUGCUCCUUUUCUGGAUCAUUUUAUGGACCUUCUAAAAAAACGACGCGAACAGAUCAGCAAUAAUGUCAUCCGGAGGAAAAACAUGCUGCUGAACGAAUUUAUCGAUGAAAUGAUUGCACAACGAGAAGAAAAGCUUAAACAGCUUCAGAAUGAGUUAUCCAUUUUACGGAAUGAUAAAGCAUCCAUUCAGGCGCUGAUGAAAGACGAACCGAGCGGCAACAAUGGCACACAUUCACAACGAAUGGUACCAGACGCCAGUGGUUCACAAGUAGUACAAUGUUCAUCAGCUUUGAAAAAAGUGAGAUUUGAUGAUGAUGAUGAUGACUAUGCUGAUGAAAUAGGGAAGUAUCGUAGUCGGCUUCAGCAACACAUGGCCGGUUUAGAGCAAGCUUACUUCAGUAGACGUUUAAAUAACACAGAAUCUAGGAGUAUUACGGACGACUCACUGAGCCCCCGUUGUGAGACCCUUGAUGAUUUUUCACAAGUACUACAUGGUAUGUCACAAUAUGGUAGUUUCCGACGUUUGGCAUCCUUAAAUUACAAUGUAGCAGAUGCAACAGCUGCAUUAUCUAUUGUUUCAAGCAUUGAGUUCGACAAAGAUGGUGAGUUUUUCAUCCUGGCGGGAGUUGCUAAACGUAUAAAAGUAUAUGAAUUCCAAUCAGUAAUCGAAAAUACGGAUACUUUGCAUUAUCCUGUUACGCAAUUGCAAUGUACAUCCAAAAUCAGUAAUGUAUCAUGGAAUCCAUAUUGUAAAAGCACUCUUGCAAGCAGUGAUUACGAUGGAACAGUACAGCUUUGGGAUACUUCACUUGCAAAAUCAAUUAGACGUUAUCAAGUGAAACUUUGGUCAAUUGGAGUGGAUCGUUCAGUAGCAACAAUCGAUGCUAAAGUCAAUGUAUGUUGCGUUUGUUUCAGUCCAACACAGCGGAACUAUCUAGUUUUUGGCUCUGCUGAUCACUGCAUUCACUUAUACGAUAUUCGAAGACCGUUAGAACCAGUUAAUGUUUUUCGUGGUCAUCGAAAAGCAGUGUCUUACGUCAAGUAUUGUACAGAAAAUGAAGUCGUAUCAGCGUCUACUGAUAGUAAUCUCCGGUUGUGGGACGUGAGUAGCGGAAAAUGUAUACGUACCAUGAAAGGUCAUCAAAAUGAAAGAAAUUUUGUGGGUUUGGCAACCGACGGGUCAGAAAAUAAUCAUCUCUAUCUGUAUCAUAAAGGUUUAUGUGACCCAUUAAUGUGUUAUGAUUUUGGUCACGCAGAUAGUGCUCGUUCGGCGCUUCUAUCAACUGAUUCUUCUUCUGAUUUUGUAUCUGCUGUCAGUUGGAAAAAACAGCGAAUAGUCAAGGAACGACGCAUGUAUUUGAACUUAUUUAAUAUAUCGGGAUUUAUUUUUGAAAUUGAUGAAGUGGCAGACGUUUUUUUUGAGAUGAGUUAUGUAGAAGAACAUGAAUAUAUUAUUGUUAUUGAUAACGAUGAUGCUGAUAAAGAUAAUGAUGAUGACAGUGAUGUUGACGAAGACAAUACUGAUAGUAAUAUUCAUGAUAGCAAUGAUAUUAUUGAUAGCGGCGACAAUGGAAAGAUUUUGGAAAGACGGUAA